CUGUAGUGACUGUCCUUUUUUCGGUGACAGAUUAUGGUUGCAAAAACAUGUUCUGAUCUUUACAGAGCAGUUGGUGAAGACUUCUGGUUGGCUACAUGGUGCAACAGCACCGCAUUUGAGGGGAAGCAACUUGAGGGGACAAGAAUUGCCUUGGUGAAAAUGGGAGAUCAUGUAUUUGACUAUGCUAUCAGAACCCCCUGCACACCCUCUAGGUGGGAAGAUUUUGAUGCAAAAAUGGCAAUGGCAUGGGAUGCUUUGUGCAAUACCUACUGCGGAGAAAAAUAUGGAUCCACUGACUUUGAUGUCCUCGAGAAUUAUAAAGAUGCACUGCUAAGGAUGACAUACUACUGGUACAAUUUUAUGCCGCUAUCCAGAGGUUCUGCUGCCGUGGGAUUUAUCAUUUUGCUGGGGUUACUUUUAGCUGCAAAUAUGGAGUUCACAGGACAGAUCCCCAAGGGUUUGCAGGUGGACUGGGAAGCCAUUCUUACUUAUGAUCCGAACUCCUUUUUGGAUUCAGUCAAGAGUUGGUUGUAUCCCUCUCUCAAGGUCACAACAUCUUGGAAAGAUUAUCCCGAAGUGGCAUCGACUUUUGAGACCACAGGGUCUGUUGUAGCAGCUCUCAGCACUUACAACGAUUGAGUUAAUCAUUUUGAUUUGUAAGAGGUGAGUUUCCUUUGCAGUAGUAAAGCUUAGAAACAAGCGGACUUACCUCAUCAUGCGUGGAUGCUCACUGCUAUGCAUUUUCAGGUCAAUGCAGUAUGGAAACGAAAGCAGUAGGUUUUAGGGAGUUGGUCUUUCUUGAGGGUGAAACUUUUCUGUAUUGUUAUUGUAAACUGAAGAAGGGGAAGCCAUUUAGACAGAACAUAUCUUGUGCUGCAUUCAUCGAAACCCGAGAGUACUUUUUAUCGUCGGAUUGUUGUUGUAUCAUUGAGAGCCUUAUAUGUAUAGAUAGGAUUACAGAAUACCAACUGUACCUUUUCUUUUCUCUAGUUUUUCUUUGCGUUGCUCAAAGUUGAUAUCCAAAUGACGGAUGACUAAAGCGUCAGCUGUGUUUGUUGCGUUUUUAUUCGAAUUUUAAUCAGAGGAUAUACUGCCUAUUAAAUAUUAAUAUUAGGUGGCUAAUAUGUAACAAAUAGGUAAUAUGAAUGACCAAACUUGCAAUUCACCCUUGGAUUAAAUAUAGGUUUUUAAUUGGA